UAAUGUAGCUUCUCAGAUCAUCAAGCAAACAAUCACGUAUAGAGAUUAGAUCAUAAGUUCGAAGAAGUUAAGGUAUCAUAUCAUGGCCACAGCUUCCAAAAUUGGGUUCCUCACUCUCCUCGUCGUUUGGGGCAUUCUUGUAUUAGGAUCCAACAUGGAUCAAGCAGAAGCCCAAGGAUGCCCUAGAAAUUGUGACCCAGAUGCAGACUACAUGAUUUGUCCACCUAGUACCACUCAAAUUCGUGAAAUAUGUGAAAACUGUUGCACAGCAAAAGCUCGAGGCUGUCAACUCUAUAGCAAUGAUGGAAGUCCCAUAUGCAACUAAUUUCAGAAACAAGUCUCAACAUCAUGUGUAGUACUUGCAAUAUAUGGACUAGAAAUAAGGCUGGCCAAGUCUCAAAGGGUGAAGAAGAUAUAGUGUUGUUUGCUUUUCUUUGUUUUUAAUUUUAAUGUGUUUAAAAAAUAAAAAUGUAAUAGUAAUUACGGAAUAAUUAAGAAAGCUAGACACUUACUAUCCUUCUUUCGCAUUUCCUAA